ACCUGGAUGUGUGACCCAAAGGGACAAGGGGUAGCAAUUUUGCAGAUUUUCCAGACAGCUUACUGAUGCCAGGCGAGUUUCCUAGGCACUCAGAAGCAGUCUCCCAAAUCCAGUCUCUGCGAUGAUUGGAGAAUUCAUGGAGAUUUGGUCUGGAACCACAAGUGAAGGAAACAUAAGCUUGCCGUUGAGGAACUUACAUCUAGGUGGAAGGGACAAACCUGGGGUAUGGCCGUCAAUGUGUACUCCACAUCUGUGACCAGUGAAAAUCUGAGUCGCCAUGAUAUGCUUGCAUGGGUCAAUGACUCCCUGCACCUCAACUAUACCAAGAUAGAACAGCUCUGUUCAGGGGCAGCCUAUUGCCAGUUCAUGGACAUGCUCUUCCCUGGCUGUGUGCACUUGAGGAAGGUGAAGUUCCAGGCCAAACUAGAGCAUGAAUACAUCCACAACUUCAAGGUGCUGCAAGCAGCUUUCAAGAAGAUGGGUGUUGACAAAAUAAUUCCCGUAGAGAAAUUAGUGAAAGGAAAAUUCCAAGAUAAUUUUGAGUUUAUUCAGUGGUUUAAGAAAUUCUUUGACGCAAACUAUGACGGAAAGGAUUACAACCCUCUGCUGGCGCGGCAGGGCCAGGACGUAGCGCCCCCUCCUAACCCAGGUGAUCAGAUCUUCAACAAAUCCAAGAAACUCAUUGGCACAGCAGUUCCACAGAGGACGUCCCCCACAGGCCCCAAAAAUAUGCAGACCUCCGGCCGGCUGAGCAAUGUGGCCCCACCCUGCAUCCUCCGGAAGAACCCCCCAUCAGCCCGGAAUGGUGGCCAUGAGACCGAUGCCCAGAUUCUUGAACUCAAUCAGCAGCUAUUGGAUUUGAAGCUGACGGUGGAUGGGCUGGAGAAGGAGCGCGACUUCUACUUCAGCAAACUUCGAGACAUCGAGCUUAUCUGCCAGGAACAUGAAAGUGAGAACAGCCCUGUUAUCUCGGGCAUCAUAGGCAUUCUCUACGCCACUGAGGAAGGAUUUGCACCCCCCGAGGACGAUGAGAUCGAGGAACACCAACAGGAAGACCAAGACGAGUACUGAGGGUGGCUCCAGCCCUGGCUGACUGCUCAGCUGCCCCCUGCCGCCCCACCCCGCUCCCGCCCCACAUUAUAAUCCUUCCCUUACAGCCGGUUGGCCGGGUGCUUUGUGUCAGUGCCCAGCACUGGGGAGGCAGGCCAGCAGCCAGGCUUGUGGGGACGGGGCAGGUGAGCAGGCAGAGGCCCGGCGGGCGGUGGGCGAGGCCUCUGUCCACUCCUCCACCCUAUUUAUUUUUGUUGUCUCUACGCUGUGUCAGCCCACACUUCCCAGGGCGGCGCUGUCACCGCCUGCCCCGGCCAGCCGCCCGCUCCCCUGACAGCCAGCAGCUGUAUAUUUGACAAAGUCAUUGGUAUAUUUUUACUUACUGGAUUUUCCUUGCACUUUACCUGUUCUUUUCCCAGGCCUGACAGCAUGGGGCUCGGGGGCAGUGCGCCUGGCCUGGCUUCCCUACCCCGUUGCUGGGAGCCUCGGCAGGACUCAUCCAUUCUUAUUUAUUUUGUCUUUCGACUUCCCAGUAGUUGAGGGGAAGGCUGAUGUUGGGAGAGGGAUGAGGGGACUGGGGGGGGGGUGCCUGAGGCCCCGGUGGUCAGGGAGAGGGAGGGGGAGCAUGUGAGGGAUGAAGAUGACCUCCUGGCACCAGGCUCACCCCUCCUCAGCCCCCCUGCCCCAGCACCGAAGCCCAGCACUGCCCCCGGGCCCCCAGCCACUCCUUCUGCCGCUUGGUUCAUACCACACAGACUCUGCCUGGACCUUCCUGUACGUCUGCCUCCCAUCCGCCCUCCUCCCUGACCUCUGCCCCCUCAGGCCACCCAGCCUGCAUAUAUGUUCACUUUUAUUUAAAUAAACUUGUGUGGUAAAAGUCCA